GCGGCGGCGGCGGCAGCGAGGGCCCGGGGCCGCGGCAGGAGCCUGGGGAGAUGUUUGCCAUCUGCCCAGCCGGUGCCCCGGCCAACGCCCCGUUCCGGGGGGUCCCGGUGCCGGGCACGGCCGUGCCAGGGGCCGCCUGCGGGCAGGACUCCAACUCCAACUUCGUGGGAGACGUGUGUGACAGCAACGAGAACUGGAGCCGGACCCCGGCGGGGGAGAGCUGCAGCCGGAGCCAAAACACCACAAAUCCUCCCGCUAAUCUGCUGUUAUUAACGCAGAGACAGAUGGUCCAGGGCCAGCUCCCAGCCCACAGCCCCAGCCCCGAGCCCGGGCCCCGCAGCCCCCCCGAGGGAGCCGAGGCCGGCGGGGCCGGGGGGCGAAACGCCGCCGAGGACGCGGCCGGCGGCUGCGGCGCGUGCCCAGGCUCCCCCGGCGAGGAUAACGGCUACGCCAGCAGCUCCCUCAGCAUCGACAGCCCCGACAGCGCCUGCGCCGCCGCCUGGGACCCUCCGACCGCUGCUCCCCUCCCCGGGAGCCCACCCCAGGCGGGGCUGUCCCGACCCGAGGCGGGGACCCUCUUCCCGGCGCUGGCGGAGGCCGUGCAGCAGCUCCAGGACAAGGAGCGCUUCAAGGAGCGGGAGAAGGAGAAGCACCACGUGCAGCUGGUGAUGUACAGGCGCCUGGCCCUGCUGCGCUGGAUCCACGGCCUGCAGCAGAAAGUGCUGGAGCAGCAGAACCGGCUGCAGGAGAGUUUUGACACCAUCCUGGACAACCGUAAGGAGCUGAUCCGCUGCCUCCAGCACGGCCCGGCCUGUGCCGCUGCCCCCGCGCCCUGAGCCGCCCUCCCGGCUGCUGUGGGGCUGGGCUGGUGGCAUCUCUGUGCUCACGGGGCACCCAGCUGCCUGCUCUGCCCUUCCCAUCACUAGCUGAGAGUCCCUGAACCAUUCAUCUCGGUUCUCCCUCUGCGUGGUCCCUCUGCACCGCCUCGUGCCGUGCUGGGGACGCCUCAGGCAGCUUUGCUGAGCCUGAAGGGCUGAGACUCAGCUUCUCAGUCUCAUUCAGUACUUCAGUGGGAGCCCAUCUGAACCCCAGGAGUGCCAGGUCCAUGAGCUGCCCUGCAGGGAGGGGCCUCAGGGCAGCAAAAGCUGUGAAACACCCGUGGGCAAAGCGCUUUGGUGAGUGCUCAGGCAGGAGCACAAGGCCAGCUCAGCCCCUGCAUGGCACCCACAGCCCUGUGCCCAGGGCAGAAACGACCCAGCAAGGUGUCCUGAGCUGCUCCUCAGCCUCGCCCCGGUGCACUGCCUAAUGAAGCACGUGUAAAAGCUUUGCAGAUAACAUCUAAAGUCAUGCAGGGAGGUGGAGAGGGAGAGGGAGAGGGGUGGAAAUCAUUCUGAAAAGUGACCUCAGAGUGCUUGAAAAUAACUUUUAAGUGUCAGCUGGUGCAAAUCCAGUGUGUUUUUUGUUUAGAGUCAGUAUUAACAGAAGCAUUAAGUUCGGUUUUCCCUUCCCAGUGUGUCUUGUCUGUCAUGGGAGAUGCUUCCUCGUGGUGCAUGAUGAGGAGGCUGCUUGCAAACUCGGGCUCUUGCUGUUUAAAGAGAGCGUUUUCCUUUCUCACCUACAUCUUGCCCACUGAGGGCUGUGUGGGGAAUACAAAGACCAGUCAUUUUGAAUGGAGAUUAAAAAGGAGAUGCUCUC